CUUAGCAACUAAGCAGGAGACUUGUUCUGGUCUUCACAAACCAUGUAUAAAAGGCAGCCAUAGUGCAAAACAGAGAGUAAGGAAGAGUGAUCAAUGGGUGAAGAAGUUAAGUUGUUUGGAUUCUAUUUGAGCCCCUUUAGCAGGAGAGUGGAGCUUGCACUAAAGCUAAAAGGUGUUCCUUUUGAGUACAUUGAGGAAGACCUUGCCAACAAGAGUGCCCUUCUGGUACAGUACAACCCUGUGCAUAAGAAAAUUCCAGUGCUCCUCCAUGGCGGCCGGCCGGUCAUCGAAUCGCUGAUCAUUCUUGAAUAUAUUGAUGAAACUUGGGAUGGAAACCAUGCCAUUUUGCCUAAGGAUCCUUUUGAAAGAGCCUUGGCGCGCUUUUGGGUCAAGUUUAUUGAUGACAAGGUGCUCGGUGCCCUGUGGAUGUCAUUCUGGAGUGAUGGAGAGAUGCAAAAGAACUUCAUGGAACAAUUAAAGGAAUACCUGCAGUUGCUAGAGAACGAGCUAAAGGGGAAGAAGUUCUUUGGAGGGGACACCAUAGGAAUAGUGGACAUUGCUGCUAAUUUCAUAACUUUAUGGGCCAUUGUUCUUCAAGAAGUUGCAGAAAUAAGCUUAAUCAAUGAGGAAAACCAUCCAAUCUUGUGCAAUUGGAUUGAAGAGUUCCUAAGCUCUGAAGUUGUCAAGGAAUCCCUUCCUGAAAAAGAGAAGUUAUUUGCCUAUUUUCAUGCCAAUAAGGAAAUAAUUUUUGCCACUAAGGCCCCUGCUUACUGAUGGCUGAAAACAUGGAGUAGCGUUUGUAGCACUAUAUCGUGAAUAGGAUUGGCAUGACAUGUUAAAGAUAUAUAUGUUGGCCUUGUAAUUCUGAUCA